UGUGUGACGAUGGAAGAAGAGGUCCACCAGCGAGCAGCCUGAACAGGGACAUCGGGACAGCUCUCUGAGACACUGGGACACAGGAGACAGCAAACAUGCUGAAGCCAAGUGGACUUAAAAUCCCUGGCAGGGCUGGGAAGCACUCCAGCCCCGUGGGACGGACAUCAGGGACCACCACAGCUCCAGUCACCACUGGCUCAAAAGAAGGCUCACCUUUGCACAAGCAGGGUCCCGCCUCCACCGCCAGCACUGAGAAGUCAGGUUCGAAGGUCGCCGAGGUGGGCGAUGAUUUCCUGGGAGACUUCGUGGUGGGCGAACGCGUCUGGGUGAACGGAGUGAAGCCAGGAGUGAUCCAGUAUCUUGGGGAGACGCAGUUUGCUCCGGGCCAGUGGGCAGGGGUUGUUCUGGAUGACCCGGUGGGUAAGAAUGACGGCUCCGUGGGGGGAGUGCGGUACUUCGAGUGCCAGCCGCUGCAGGGGAUUUUUACGCGACCGUCCAAGCUGACGCGGCAGCCAGUGGCCGAGGGCUCGGGCAGCGACGCCCCCUCCGUGGACUCGCUGACGGCUCAGAACUUGUCCCUGCACUCGGGGACGGCCACGCCGCCUCUCUCCACUCGCGUCAUCCCGCUGCGGGAGAGCGUCCUGAACAGCGCCAUGAAGACGGGCAACGAGUCCGGGUCCAACCUCUCGGACAGCGGGUCUGUGAAAAAGGGGGAGAAGGACUUACGGCUUGGAGAUCGUGUGCUGGUCGGUGGGACGAAGACGGGAGUUGUUCGCUACGUGGGAGAGACGGAUUUUGCCAAGGGGGAGUGGUGUGGUGUGGAGCUGGAUGAGCCCCUGGGCAAGAACGACGGGGCCGUGGCUGGUACCAGGUAUUUUCAGUGCCCUCCCAAGUUUGGCCUCUUUGCUCCCAUCCACAAGGUGAUCCGCAUUGGGUUCCCAUCCACCAGCCCUGCCAAGGCAAAGAAGAGCAAGAGGAUGGCCAUGGGAGUGUCAGCCCUGACCCACAGCCCCAGCAGCUCCUCCAUCAGCUCCGUCAGCUCCGUGGCCUCGUCGGUCGGGGGCAGGCCCAGCCGCAGUGGGCUGCUGACAGAGACCUCUUCUCGAUACGCCCGAAAAAUCUCUGGCACCACAGCUCUGCAGGAGGCACUGAAGGAGAAGCAGCAGCACAUUGAACAGCUGCUGGCAGAGCGUGACCUGGAGCGGGCAGAGGUGGCCAAAGCCACCAGCCACAUCUGUGAGGUGGAGAAGGAGAUUGCCAUCAUGAAGGCCCAGCACGAGCAGUAUGUCACAGAGGCAGAGGGAAACCUCCAGCGAGCACGAGCCUUGGUGGAUGGGAUGCAGAAGGAGAAGAUUGAGCUGUUGAACCAGCUGGAAGAGGAGAAGAGGAAAGUGGAGGACUUGCAGUUCCGUGUGGAGGAAGAAUCCAUUACAAAGGGGGAUCUGGAGACUCAGACGCAGUUGGAGCAUGCCCGAAUACGGGAGCUCGAGCAGAGCCUGCUGUUUGAGAAGGCACAGGCUGAAAAACUCCUCAGAGAAUUAGAGGACACCAGGUUAACAACAGUGGCAGAGAAGUCCAGGAUCCUGCAGCUGGAGGAGGAGCUGAGCCUCAGGCGCAGCGAGGUGGACGAGCUCCGUCAGUGCCUCAGGAGCUCUCACCAAGCAGAGAGCCCCGAGCAUAACCUGGGCUUGCAGUCGGAGGCUCUUCGGCUGCGGGAUCAGCUGCUCUCUGCCAACAAGGAGCAUCAGAAGGAGAGCAGCCAGCUGAAGGAGAAGUAUGAGAAGACGUUAAAGAAGUACCAGCAGGAGAUGGAGAAGCUGAAGUCUGUCAACGAGAAGUACUCGCAGGAAAUCGUUGACCUAAAGCAUAAAGUUCAGCAAGCCACUAACGAGAACAUGGGGCUCAUGGACAACUGGAAGUCCAAGUUGGACACGUUGGCUUCUGACCACCAGAAGUCUCUGGAGGACCUGAAAGCCACACUGAACUCAGGCCCUGACACCCAGCACAAGGAGAUCGUGGAGCUGAAGGCAGUGGUGGAGAGUAUAAAGAUGGAGCACCAGCUUGAGCUGGAGAACCUGAAAGCAAAGCAUGACAUUGAGACAGCUGUGCAUGUAAAGGAGAAAGAGAGUCUCAAACUGAAGCUGCAGGAGGCUUUGGAUGAAGUGGAAAAAAGCAACAGCAACUGGAAAAUGCAACUGGAAACCAAAAGCAGUCAGCACCUUCUUGAGCUCCAGGAUGUGAAGGACAAGUGUCGAGAUGCUGAGCUGAGGGUGCAUGAACUGGAGAAACUUCAUGGUGAAUACACAGACCAGACAGAAGCAAUAGCUUUCUUGAAAGAGCAGAUUUCUUUGGCUGAAAAGAAGAUGUUGGACUAUGAAACGUUACAGAAAACAGAAGCCCAGAGCAAACAGGAGAUCCAAAGAUUGCAGGAAAAAGUGCUUGUCUUAGAGAACAAGCUGCAGUCCAUGGAGGCCCUGCACCCUUCUCAGCAUGCAAAUAUGAUUGAAACUAAUGAUAUUUCAGAAGAAAAGAUAAAGAUGAAGCAGACUAUGGAAGACCUCCAAGACAAGCUGAGUAAAAGAGACAAAGAGGUGUCGUCCCUGGUGUCCCAGACUGAAACUCUAAGGGCCCAAGUAAGUGCUUUGGAAAAUAAAUGCAAAACAGCAGAAAAGAAGGCUGAUUCAGUGUUCAAAGAAAAGAAGAGGCUGGAAGGGGAACUGGAAGCCUUGACCAAGAAAACACACGAUGCUUCAGGGCAACUGGUCCUGAUUAGCCAGGAACUGCUCAAGAAGGAAAGAGAUGCUGAUGAGCUGUGCUCGGCCCCCGUCUGCUGCUGGAAUCGCAGCGUGGCUCUAGGAGUUACGUGGGACAAGGAGAAGUCGGUGCCGGACCAGCGGCGAUACUCCCUGAUCGACCCCUCGUCGGAGUCGGAGGUGAUCCGGCUGCAGCACCGGCUCGUCAGCACGGAGGACGUGCUGCGCAACGCGCUGGAGCAGGGACACCAGAUGGAGAAGCUCAUGGAAGCGAUGAGGCUCUCCUCUGAGAAAACACAGACUGUUGGAAAUUCUGGGUCUUCUAACGGGAUUCACCAGCAGGAUAAAUCCCACAAGCAAGAGGAGAAGCUCUGAUAGAGAAGAGGUGAAGAGGAUCAUUUCACGCCAGUAUCAGCUCCUCUGCACAGUCAGGAAAAACAACACCACAUCUGGCUUUUAGCACCUCCAAAAGACCACACACAGUAUUUUCACUUCAAAGAAGGACAAUGUUUAUAAUGUAGUAACUGAUGUAAUCAGGACAAUCCUGGAGUCCAGUUUUCCAAGACAGCCAUUGUUCCAGGAGGGAGCAGAAGGAUCUCUCUGGGUUUGGUUUCUUACUUGUAUUGGUUUUGACUGUGGAAUUUGUGUUGUUUGAGCUGCCCUUGCCCCACCAGCUGACGUGGUCUGGGUGGCAGCUGCCCCGACCGGUGGCUGAAGUGCCAGCGAGUCCCAGUAACCCCACAGGAGCUGCAAAGGGAUUUGCUUGUGGUGUCCAACUCCAAAGUGUGUGCCCAGGGGCUGCACACUUCCCACGGGGUCUGUCCCUUCACUCCCACCCACCCUGAUGUCCUGAGGACCUGCACAAGUGAGUGAAACCUGCUGGCAUGAGGAAAACAGGGUGUGGGGACGUGUUCCCCUCCUCCCAUUGCAGAAGACAUCACUGUUUUAGAGCACAGAGGCUGCACUUACUUCUUGUAUCAUAGCAUGUUGUGGGAAAUAAUCCAAUUUCAGAGGAAUAUUUAUUUUGUUUCUCCCCCCCCCUGCUGUUUCUGGGGAAGGAGCUGUGGUGGCUCUGAGUUUGGGGACAGGCACACUUCUCUCAGGUGUUGGUGGCCUUUCUUCCUGCAGUGAGAUCUUUGAGCAGACCUGCUGAUGUCCCAUGCCACAGCCUGUCCAGCCUGACCCCCCUCACUCCUUGGGGUUUUAUUGGGUCUGUUUUGAACUCAAGAUCCAUAGAUGCUGGAUCUCAGGAUCACUGGCCUGGGAGCUCCAUGUUGGGGGCAGUCAGUGUGGGACAGAUGGCUUGAGGAGAAGGUUCCCUCCUUGCCUGUUUAAUGUAUCAGCUAAUUGCCUGGCACUUUCCAGAGCUGUCCUUGGCUCUUCAGUGGGAUAACCUGGGAUGGAUGAGGUGAAGGUGCUGCUGUGAGCGCUCAUACUGACUCUGGUAUGGCCUGAGUGUGAGUAUUUGGAGGAGGGGAAAUCCAGGAGUGGAGCCUGCACAGCUCUCGUGUCUGUACCAGCAGUGCAGACCCAGGCAAGGAUCCUGUGCCUUCUUCCCAAGGCUUUACUCUAACUUUGGACCUCAGCUCCCAAAGGACACGAGGGCAGAGGAGGGGGACAAUGUGCUCUUAAAGGUGUGAGAGAGCCCAGCUCAGGUUCACUGUUCAGUACCACAGGGAACAGUCACAGCAAUAUUUUACCAGGUUUCCCCCGUUAAUGCCCAACUCCUCCAGUCUUAUGAGCUCUCGUGUUAUGAUGAGGCAUCUGUGAAGGGACAGGAUGGAAGAGACCACUGGGAGAGGAGAUCUGAGCCAGAUCCCAGGCAGGUGAACAUGAUGGCACAUCAGCUCCAUUGCUUUUUGCCCUGAUUUCCUGCAUAGUUGUGUUACUUAUUCAUAGUAAGGAUUGCUGGACUUCUGCUUCCUGGAAGGAUGGGCAGCCAGAAGCAACCUGGGAAAGACUUGGGCUUCAUGGCUGCAAUUCUGCCAUGAGGAGGAUGAUGCUGAAUACUUGACCCUGCUCACUCAUGAUUAGUGGUCUCCCAUCCUUCAAAGGAGGCUGGGAGAGGAAGGGGGCUUCAGGGGAGUAAAGCAGGUCAGAAAGCACAGCAGAAAUCUGGCACAUGGCACUGGAAGGCAGAGCCUGGGAUUGAACUGGCUGGAAGUAAUUCACAUGGGAUCCCAUCCUGCCUUGUAGAGUGUUUCUUCGGGAAAGAUUGCCACAUCUCUGCCUAGCUCUGGGAGUUUCCCUAGGGUGGUCUCCAAAAUCCUCCUGGUGGUGUAUUCAUCUUCUAAGUGAUUUAGGAAAGUCCCAGAGGGAGUGUUCAUUUGUUACAGCCCUCAAUAGAGAUACCUCACUGGGAGCUGCUGUUUUAAAUUUUAAGAAUUUAGGGCUGGUGUUUCCCAAAGUGCUCCUGUUUGCUGGAUGGUCUCUAAAGUCAUGUCUGCAGCUUCCCAGGGCUUCCUGGGCCCUUGCAGGAGGGAUGCCCCAUUCUGAUUUGUAAGUUAUUUUCCCUGAUAGGUCUUCUGGUGACUUGUGACCAGCUGCCUUCACCUACAGAGGAAUGAUACCUGUGCUUUCCACCUCCCUUUGGCUCUGUACAGGGCAGGAUUCACCAGGACUGGUUAUGGGGACCAUUUAUUUGGUUCUGUUAAUCAGAUCUGAAGUUGUCAGGCUGGAGGAGCCUCUGGCUCCUGCCUCCUCCUGGGGACCAUCCUCUGAGAACAGCUCAGACCUGUGGCUUUUCCCGUUCAGCUCGGGUGACAGUGCAGAACAGCAGCAGAUGAGUCAGAGCAGGUUGAGAGUUGGUGCUGAUGGUCUUUUCUGGCUGUAAAGAGCUGUACUGGUCCCUAAGGAUCAGCCAGGAGCUGAUAGCACUGCUUGGCUCUCUGUGGAGGCUCUGUGGUUGUCCUGUUGCAGGGCUGUACCCAAAUGGGCAGUGGGGUGAAGCUCCCAACACCCUUGGGGUGCAGGUCCAUGGGAGCUGCUCCCAAAUGGGACCAACCACAACACCAACAGGACAUGCUGUCACACGUGUCAUCUGGGCUUCAGCCCAACCCUGUGUAAGGGGCCAGGAGGGGUUAGACCUCAGUCAUGUCCUCCCUCUCCAAAAUUGGCACAGGCUUCCCCAGGGCACUGGCCUCUGGCUGCCCUUCUGAGGUUAUAAGAGACCAAACUAGGGACAGACUUGGAAAGGACAAGGAGGAGAUUCCCCAGCCCCUCUAUUUAUUUGUACGUUUGAGUGCUAUUUUUGCCUAUGUGGUGGUGUAUAAAGUACUUCACAAUACUUGUUCUCGCUGGCUUGGUUCUUCGGGAGAGAUUUCCAAGGGCAUUGGAGCGCUGACGCACCAUCUCCUGUUGUCGAUCCGGGCUGGUUCCUGUUUGUGCCUUCACCCCCCCUCCCGCUUCAGCCUUGCUCUUAUCUCGAUCCCCGAGAGCUGGUGUGGGGGGCUGUGCUCUCCCCAGCCCUUCUCCCAGCCCAGGAGUGCCACGCUGGUUUUCCAUCUGGAGCUGGGUCCUGAGCAUCGUGCCCCAGAGUUGCAGGGUUGGGAGCAGGAGGUCACGCACUGCUGGAGCUCUGGGCUCCGAGGGAAGGACCAGCACCCCGGCUGUGGGAGCAGCCCCAGGGCCAGUGGCAUUACCCUGACAGUUAGUGAUGCUUUUCUGCUGAAAGCUGAGCUGCUAUCCAGUGAAAAAAAGCCUUUGGAAUGGAGACUACUCUGUGUUGAGUGAUUUCUUCUCUAACUCACAAGACCAAAGGGAAAAGAAUCAGUCUUGCUUGGGGAUUUCAGCUUUAUCCCUCCUGCAGCAUCCAGAGAGCUGGAGCAAGGGGCAGCACCGUGCUGGUGCCCUAUGGAAUGAUUGUGUCAGGCUGCCAGCCAAGGCCUUACAGCUCCUGCCUCACCCCAGCCACCAGCAGCUCCUCUGGCUUGCAGUAGAGAUGCAUGAGGGUUUCAUUAAACAAAAUGAUGCAAAUUACACUGUAAAAGUCUUAACAAAAAUUCUAGUACUCCAUUAUUUGGCAGCUUUAGCAGCUCAGCACUAUCUGUAGGGAGUUAUUAAUACACUAAGAUCCUAUAGGCCUCAUGUAAGUUACCAGAAUAAAGACAAUACUAGAUGUAUAAAUGGAUGAUAACCUUUUACCCGUACAGUAUGUAUUACAAUUUUGUAGCUUAGUCAUUUUUUGGCUAUCAGAUUUUGUUAGUAUGAUAUAAAAAAAAAAAAAAAGACAAAAAAAAAAAGGUUUGACUGCUAAUGUCUAUUUUGUUAUUUGAUUCAUUUUCUUCCUCUGUACAAAAGCUGUACAAAUCUGUCUGUGUAACUCCUCCACAUCUGUAUUCAUGUACCACCCCCCUGUCCUGGCUUGCUGGUGUGGUGAGCUCGUACUAAACAAUAAACUCUGUGACUGAAGUCGGGCA